AUCUAUUAUGCGAGACAGCGUCCGAUAUGCCUACAACACCGCACUACACGCGCCCUAAUCGCAGUCAUGGAGGUGCCUCCGCAGAAGAGAUUCAAGACGAACCAGACUGGACCAAGUCCCACAAGCACCGAAUUGGUUUUCGUGAGCACAGUACCGAACGGCAUACAGGGUAUACACAUGCUGGGGAUGACUGGAUUAGCUCCGAGGAGCGGGACUUCUUAGCCCAAGCCAGGAAAGAAGCCGAAGAGCUUGAGGAAGAAAUUGGUCAAAAGGACUUGGUCAAUGUUCGAGAAUUUAUGACCAAGCAAGAGGACUAUCAUCUCAGAUUUCGCGAGGAUCACCCUCCGGGGUGGCGCUAUGUACUUCAUACUACAGAGGAUUUCAUAAAGUAUCAACAGGACUGGCCGAUAAAUAUCAAGAGACGUGGGAUGGAGGUAGAAGAUAAACAAAAGACAGACCAAGAGAAGACUGACAACCAGAAGCCUCAGAAAGAGCACGAAUGGCGCAGAAGUCGAGGCGAGAACGAAACACAUCAUCCUGCACAUGCGACCGAUCAGAAUAAAUCUGAUGCUAAUGGUCCAGAAAGGGACGAAAAUGGUGAAGAGAAAAAUGAUUUACAAGACAAGUAUUCGCCGCAGGAGUUAUCCCUUCUAUCUCUUCUGCAGUCGGAGAGCGAGAACAUCAAGACGCUGGAGGAGAACGACGGCAAAGUCACCUCUCCAGUUGUUCAGACCCAAUUCCAGCACAUGUCUAUUGACGAAGCCGAUCAAUCCACUCCUGACAACUGGAUUCCACGGUCACCUCACCUCAUCCGUCUGACAGGCAAGCAUCCUCUCAAUGGGGAAUCUGAUAUAGAAGCACUUUUCAAUGCCGGCCUCAUCACACCUAAUGAACUGCAUUACGUGCGUAAUCACGGAUAUGUGCCCCAUCUGUUGUGGGAGACUCACAGCAUUGAUAUCGAUAAUGGACUGAUGGAUUUAUCGAUGGACGACCUGGCUAAUGAAUUUGACGCUAUUAACAUUGCAGUAGUUUUAGUCUGUGACGGGAAUCGAAGAAAAGAGCUUAACAUGAUUAGACAAACCAAAGGGUUCAAUAUUGGGCCUGGAGCUAUGAGCUGUGCGUUUUGGAAAGGUCCCCUCGUACGGGACGUACUUCUCGCGGCUGGUAUCGAAGAUUAUGAUCCAUACCACGAGCCGCGUCGACGCUGGGUCAAUUUUGAGGGCGCUGAUGAACCCAGCGAAGGCAAAUACGCCACGUCUAUUCCAUUCGCAUAUGUAAUGGACCCCGAGAACGAUGUUAUCCUGGCAUAUGAGAUGAAUAACGUGCGAUUGCCACCAGAUCACGGCUAUCCUGUACGUUUGAUGGUUCCCGGCUACAUCGGUGGUCGUUGCGUUAAAUGGCUUCAUAGAAUCUGGAUCUCCGACACGGAGAAUAACAGCCAUUACCAUAUUUGGGAUAAUAGAGUACUUCCUAGCUUUAUUCGAGACAAAGACUCGGAGUUCGCGCACGCCAUGUUCAAUCAUCCGAGCACGGCUUGUAACGAACAAAAUCUCGAUUCUAUCAUCGUCAAGCCCGCACAAGGCGAGACAAUCCGAUUAUCAGAUGUGAACACGAACAAGCUUUAUCGAAUAGAAGGCAUAGCACAUGCCGGUGGUGGCCACGAAGUCCAGAGGGUUGAGGUCAGUCUCGAUGAUGGGGAGACUUGGUUGUAUUGUGUUCGCAAUUUCCCUAAAUAUCCCGUCCGCCACGGGAACAAAUUCUGGACAUGGAUUUACUGGCAUGUUGAUGUUGGAUUGACGCACCUUGUUCGAGCUCAAAGUAUUAUCGUUCGCUGCUUCGAUGUAUUUAAAAACACCCAGCCGAAGGAACCUUCAUGGAAUAUCAUGGGGAUGAUGAACAAUUGUUGGUACAUAGUCCGCCUAGAGAUCCGAAACGACAAUGAGGAUAACGGCACUGUACUGUUCUUUAGACAUCCAUGCGAGCCAGGGACAGGAACAGGGGGUUGGAUGCAGCCUUCGGCGGAGAGUUUCAUCGAGUAUAUAAAACACGAGGUAGCAUAUCCCCAAAAACAGUUUACUCGUGAAGAGAUUGAAAAACAUCAUAAGGAAGAUGACUGCUGGAUUGUCAUCAAUGGUAAAGUCUAUGAUGCGACGAGUGUUCUUAACUGGCAUCCUGGUGGGAAGGCACCUAUCAUGGCACAUGCUGGUAGAGCACAUGCCGAUACGACGGAAGAGUUUGAGAGCAUCCAUGAUGACUAUGCGGAGCAGAAACUUAGCGAAUGCGUUCUCGGUAUCGUCACCGACAAGACGAUGGGAUUUAUCAAGAGGCAGGCUGAGGAUGCGGCUAAAGAAAGAAUACAGUCUUUUGCUGAGAGCUCGGGUAUUGUCUUAAAUCCUCACCGGUGGAAUUCUGUUUGUUUCAAGGGAAAGGAGGAAGUUUCGGAGGACACUCGACGAUACACCUUUUCACUACCAGACGGCAUGAAAAAGGUUGGUGUGGCAACCUGCCAACAUCUUCAACUUGGGUUUCAUUUCAGUGACAGGCUUGUCAUCAGGCCAUACACACCCACACGACCGGUCUUCCAUAGUGAGGAAGACGGCACAUUUGACCUUGUGGUCAAGACAUAUUUCCCGGAUCAGUUGCAACCAGGAGGCACAGUUAGUAAUAUCCUUGACUGCCUACGCCCUGGUGAGGAGAUAGAAGUCAAGGGUCCUACGGGAGAGAUCAAGUAUAACGGUCAAGGCACAUUUACCAUUGACGACAAGGAAUACUGCUUUCGUAAUAUCAGCCUUGUUCUUGGAGGUUCCGGCAUCACGCCCGGGUAUCAGCUCAUUUCACGAAUUCUCCGCGCUAAAGACCAGGGAGAGGAAGAGGACAAGACAAAUAUCAAGGUCAUCAAUGCAAACAAAGCUCAAGAUGAUAUUCUAUUAAGGGACGACCUUGAUCGAUUCGCAAGGGAUCAUCCGGAUCAAUUCAAGAUUGCGCAUGUUCUUUCACGUCCGGAGGCCGAUUGGGCAGGGAUAAGAGGCCAUGUGUCAAAGGAAAUCUUACAGGAGCAUGCUUUUGAACCGGAGGAUACGAAUGUCGCUCUACUCUGCGGUCCUCCAGCCAUGAUCCAGAAGGCAGUGCUUCCAGCCCUUAAAGAGAUUGGCUAUAAGGAGGGCGAUAAUCUGUUCGGCUUUUAA